UGGGGGCAGGAUCGUGCGCUCGGAGGAAAAUCCGCCUGAAAGCGGGCGGGUAGCUCGCUGAGAGGGGGUGGUGUUGCAGCUGCAGGCGGGGACAUCUGACAGCGACUUGAAACCACUCGUUCUCGUGACUGAAUUCAGAUAACUGAUCCAAAUGGUCUGAAUGUACCUGCUUUUGAAAAUGAAGUUUCUUUUGAACUGAGCUUCAGUGUAAUCAUCAAAGGUUUUCCGAACAACGGCAUAAUCUCUCUCCUUUCUGAGGUUAGAAUUGUCAACCUUGAUUAUCUGCUCAAAUCUGUAGAGUGGAGCUUGAAACCACAGCCUUGAGUUGGCGGCAAGUAGUCUACUAUCAUGCCAAGAUUUGGCAUAUUCAAAUGAUGAGAUUCAUUGGAGCCAGAAGAAACAGGAACCAACCCCCCUCCCCAACUUCCCUCUUCUCUCCCCCCACCCCACCCCACCCCCUACCCCAGACAAAAAUGAAAACCCAAAAGUUGCCCUCACGGAACUAAAAUGAAUUUUGCUGUGAUCAGGGAGCUAUUGGCUGUGCUUCUCAAUUAAUGAGGAAAGAUGUUGGCCACAGACAAAGGGGUGGUGGAGGAGUGGCUUUCAGAGUUUAAGACACUGCCUGAGACCUCUAUAUCCAGCUAUGCUUCAAGUUUAAAAGGCAAGAGUACCCUGGUUUCAGAAUUAUACACAGUCAUCUGUGAGCCACAUUGUGAGUUGCUGGAGCCAGUUUGCCACCAAUUGUUUGAAUUUUAUCGCAGUGCUGAGGUUGAACUGAAAAGAUUCACAUUACAGUAUCUUCCUGAACUUGUAUGGAGUUACCUUUCAGUGAUAACAAGAGAUAUGCACAGUAGUGGCUGCAUUGAGGCACUCCUCUUGGGCAUCUACAAUUUGGAAAUUGCAGAUAAGGACGGUUGUAGCAAAGUGCAGACUUUUACAGUCCCAUCUCUUUCAAAACCUUCUGUGUAUCAUGAGCCUUCUAGUUUUGGUUCUAUGGCACUUACAGAAGGCGCUUUAUCUCGACAUGGCUUGACGAAAGUUGUACAUAGUGGACCUUAUUGUCAAAGGGAAACAUUUACAGCUCAAAACAGGUUUGAAGUAUUGACAUUCCUAUUUCUCUGUUACAACGCAUCUAUAAUCUACAUGCCUUCUCAGUCGCUGCGUUCUCUUUGCCAUACAUGCUCCAGGAUAUGCAUUAGUGGAUUUCCCAGGAGAUUGCAGAAGGAAUACACUGAUGUUGAUAGCAGGAUACCUGUCUCUGCUGAAUUUAUGGUGCACAUGUUAACAGCUAUUUAUUAUGCUAUGUAUAAUGGAGAAUGGGAUUUGGCUUGCAAAGCACUGGAUGAUCUAUUGUAUCGAGCACAGUUGGAGAUGUUUGCAGAACCCUUACUAGUUGGCAAUGCAAUCAAAAAUAUGUUACCUUUUGGUGCCCUGAAAUCAUCGAAAGAUGCUCCACGCUCGAUUGAAGUAGAGAUAACGCCAACGUCAUCCAGAAUAUCAAGGAAUGCAGUCACCAGUUUAUCAAUUCGAGGACAUCGAUGGAAGAGGAAUGAACUAACUGAUUUACAAGCCCAGGAGGAUCUUAUGGACAUCUCUGAAGUCGAUGAAGGAUUUUGUUCCAAGGCUUCUAACACAAGCAAUAAGACAUCUGCUGGGAAGAGUCAAUUAAAAUCAUCAAGCAGCAAACCUUAUAGAGAUAAAGAAAUGGUGGAUGAGACUUGUCGGGAACAUUCUGCUCGUAAGCAAUCUCGAAGAGCUGUUAGUGAGAAUCUAGAACUCUUGGCCAUGAAAAGACUGACUCUGACUAGUAGUCAAUCUCUGCCUAAGCCAGGAAGCCACAAUCAUCUGGCUAGCACUGCUACAACCCAUUUCAGUAAAUCCUUUGAGCAUGUUAGUGGUGUUUUUAUUGGAAGUAGUCCAGCUGGUGUCACAGGUAGGAAUUUAGAAGAAUCCAAUCGAUUAUCUGCUUGUAGCCUUCAGGAUGACAGACUUGCACUUGUGCCUGAUUGAGACUUUCAAGCUUCCAUCACACAACACCAGAAGCAUCACUACUGACCUGGUUUUAUGAUUUGGAGGUGCCAUUGUUGAUCUGGGGUGUACAAAGUUUAAAAAUCACAACACCAGGUCA